AUGAGCAAUCAAGCAUUGUUGGAGACUUUAAAUCAGACCACCGAGCUGCUGUCUGUGAAGCUCGCAGAGCUGGCAAAGCUGGCGUCGAUGGAGACGAAUGAGGAUACGGAAGACUGCCAGUUGUCAGUGGUAACUAAUGGCCUAAUGAUGGUGAACAAUCAAACACUACAACUGGUGAGAGGUGUACAGGACCUCAUAUUGCUAACGAGGAAUAUACGUGAGAAGUGGCUGCUGACACAGAUACCCGAGCAGCUUACUCCAAAGGAACAGGACUCUAUAAACCAUGAGGAACUCACGGAACUUCUGGAAUCAUGCGUGAGUGAAAUAAUAUCAGAUGUAUGA